AUGCUUGACUAUGUAAACGAUCUCCUACCUGGUACUAAAAUGGAAAUCGAUUGGGACAUUCUAAAUGGCCCUAUUACCGAGGAGGAAAUCCAUAAAAAUAUUCGAUGUCUCAAAAAUGGCAAAUUAGCCGGACCUGAUGAGCGUGAAUUGACAGAAGAGGAGUUUGAGCACAUAUUCCAAUUUGUAGUGAACAACGAAGACCGCAUUUAUACAACGACAAAUUAUGUAAUUGGCAUCGGUUUUGACAUGCGACAGAAAUAUGAUUUUUUGUUUGCUUUGCAAGGAUCAGAUGAAGACUAUUACGAUGUCUACAUAGGAGCCCGAAGUCUUUCUGAUUUUGAAAUCGAUACACUUUUCAGGGUGAUUAAUCUUCCCAGACACAUUGUAAGUGUGCAAAACGACAUGCCAAUGUUCAGCGUAUACCCUCUAGACGUGAAAACAUCACUUGUAGAUUCCGUUGUGGGUGAAACUCUAACCGAUGAUGUGAAGAAUCUAAUCAAUGAUCCAGAUAGUUCAUGGACAAAGGUUUCCGUAGAAUAUUUGAACAACGAACAAGUGCGGAAUUCUGAAAAUUUAGGUAUUACUGUUACUGAGAUCAGAAUGAGGACAAACUGUGACGUAUUCUUCUCAUAUGGUCAAUCAUUAAAUCAGUCCAUUGCUGAGUACAACCCUUGCUCUGAAGAGUAUGAAUUAUUCUACCCAUAUGGCCCGGAGUUUGGCGAUGAAAUAAACCCAAUCAACGACGAUGGCAGUUCGGGCGAACAAUUUAUUUCAAUUCCAUUCCCGUUUUUUGAAACGUUUCAUGAUUCACUUUGGGUAAAUACAAAUGGCAUUGUUUCCUUUAUAAUGGAAAUACAACAGUUUACCCCAGAACCAUUCCCUCUGGGUAACAACUGGCGUGUUGUUGCGCCGUUUUGGGCUGAUGUUGACACAAGAAAUGGAGGAAACGUGUUCUGGCGUCAAACCACUGAUGCUAAAAUUCUUGAAAGAGCUGCUCGUGAUGUAAUCACAAAUGUAGUAGACCAACCCCACUUCAAUGCAAUAUGGGCGUUAAUAGCAACAUGGGACAACGUUGGUUUCUACGGUGGAUCGUCGAACACUUCGAAAAACACUUUCCAAGCAGUGCUUAUAACAAAUGGACGUCAUUCGUUUACUAUUUUUAAUUAUGGAGAUAUAACAUGGACCACAGGCAUGGCAAGUGGCGGUGAUGACAAUGGUCUUGGAGGAAAGCCUGCUAAGGCGGGCUUCAAUGCAGGAGAUGGUUUAACAUACUUGACAGUAGACGGUUCUCUGACGGAUGAAAUAGUGAAUAUAGAAACCACUUCCAACGUAGGUGUGAAUGGACGAUACGUUUUUCAGGUUGAUGGGAGGGAUGUAAAAGGAAUUGGAUGCAAUACAGGAGGAUCCUUAGCGGUAUAUCCAUUAAGUGGUUCGAUGUUAGGUGGUGAACACAUAAACAUCGCAGGUGUAUGUUUUAAUGAUUCAACAACUUUGCCGCAAAUUAAAUGUAAAUUCGGUAACACCGAAACAAUAGGGAACAUAGAGAGCAUACAUGAUCCAGUAAAAGUAUCGUGUAUUACACCUAUUUUUUAUGAGAUCGGGAGAUUACAUAUUCAGGUGUCGAUAGAUGAUGGUACCACAUAUCCAUACAGCGGAAUAUUUACUGUAGUGAACAUUGAAAAAACAGCAAAUCUAGUUACAAGAACAAACAUGGCCGACUGGAUUGAUCAUUCGAUUAACACUGUUGAAAUCCAAUGGGAUAGCUCUCUGUUACCAUCGACGUAUGUGGAUAUUAAAUUAUAUGGCUACGUGGAAGACCAUCAGUCUGGUGAAUAUGGUUGGGUUGACACUGGUGCGGGUCAAAGUAAACAUGAAAACGAAGGGAGUUUUACCUUUCAUAAAUCAUCAACCAGUCCAAGCUCCCUGUUUAGUAUUGGUGCAUUUCGUAUAUCAGGACAUGACGAGGAAAAUUCCGACGACACAAAAUUCCGUGCAUUGUGGAGUGAAAUUCACGAGCUGUCAUGGGCAUAUGGCAUUGAUUCAGAAGAGUGGUGCUACGACUGGCAUAAACGCGAAGGAAACGUUUUGCCAUCGCCCGACGAUACCGUGCCUUGUCCCUGUACUCUACAGCAAGCUCUUGCUGAUAUCGGACGCUAUUCGCCGCAUCCACGCUGUCAGACGAGGUCUGGAACACAUGAUAACUGUGUUGAUAUGCCGGGUGCAGUGCAUUGUAUACGAGCUAAUGUACCAAGUAAUGACGGAAGUGGACGUGCAUGUUGCUACCAAGCCGAUGGGACUAUUUUGAAUUCAGGAGACACGUUUGGUGCAGGAACCUACCAUCUCAGACAUCACGAAGGUGUUACGCCUUAUAAGGAAGUAGGCAAAAUACCUUACCUGUCGAACUUCCUGGAAGAUAUGUUACCUUGGAGAUACUGUUGUCUGCACACAGACUUCGAUGCAGCGAAUUGUGGCAAGUUCUUUGAAAGAAGACCGUCACAUGACUGUUCUGGAUAUGAAGCUCCACGUCCGGCUACGUGGUUCGGAGACCCUCAUUUGAUAACAUUGGAUGGAUAUGAUUAUACCUUCAAUGGAUUCGGAGAAUUCACUCUGCUUGUUAUAAAUAACGGAAGUUUCAAACUACAAGGCCGUAUGGAACCCUUGGCAGAUAAUUCUGUUGCAACAGUAUUCACUGCUAUGGCAAUGCAAACGAAUAUGUCUGAUACUAUACAUAUUGCAAGAGAAAGAGAUUUCCUUGAUGCUUAUGUAAGACUGAAAGAUCAACAAACAUGGCAAAUAGUGAAGUUUGAAGAGAAUCUUUGGUGGGAUUAUAACGGUAAUGGAGUUUCAGUUUACAAAACGAAUGGUACAGACAAAAUCAAUGUGAUCUUCCAAUCCGGGAUAUCUAUUGAUGUUUCAAUAGCAGGAAAAGCAUUGUCUACUGUAAUUCUUGCACCAUCUACCUUCAAAAACCAGACAGUCGGAUUAAUGGGUACUUGGAAUGACAACAAAGAUGAUGAUCUUCGCACGCCUGAUGGAGAUUAUGUAUCGGUGUUUUCCUCAACUGAGCAGAUCCAUCAUGACUUUGGCUUGAAAUGGGAGAUAUCUGCAGAAGAAUCGCUCUUUCGAUACAAAAUUGGUGAAACACAUACCUCCUUAACAAACAUCGCUUAUCUGCCUAUGUUUGACAUUAUCGAAUCUAACAUCACCGACGACGUUAUUGAUUUAUGUGGUGAUAAUGUGGAAUGUAUAUUCGAUUUUCAAGUAACCAAUGAUGUUGACACUGCAUUAGGAACUUCCAAGGCUUUACAUGCAUAUGAUGUUGUGGUCCUCGAUACACUGCAAGUCACAACAUGUGGAUACCUUCCGACCCCAAGGAACGGGAUUAAAACCGGUUCAUCCUACCUCAAGGGUUCUGUAAUAACAUUUGACUGUCUUCCUGGUUUUACUUUGAGUGGCUCUGCAACACGAAUCUGUCUGGAUGAUGGCACGUGGGAUAACCAUAAUACAACUUGUAUCAUCAUACAGUGUGGUGAAGUUGUAGCACCAAUUAAUGGUAACAUGAGCGGCGAGUCCUUUACUUAUGGGGCGGUUCUGACGUUUUCUUGUGACGAAGGAUCCAUACUCGAUGGAUUAACUGAGAUUAAAUGCUUGGCCAAUGGUCAUUGGAGUGGUGUACCGCCGUCAUGUGAAGCAUCAUAUCACAACUAUGAUAUUAGUGUGAGACGUAUUUUAGCUAAGUUAGAAUUUUUUCGUCGCAAGAUUAGAACUUAUGAUGAUGAUGAUGUUGUUGGGUUGUUUAUUGAACAACAGUUAGGUGGAUCAGGUCAACUUCCUGGAUGCAUCUAG